CGUCCGGGCGGUGUGCGCGCCUGUGGGGCGCAGGCUCGGCAGCGGCGGCGCCGGCGGUGGCGGCGGCGGCGGCGGCGGCGGUGGAGGAGGCUCAGCCUGCGGCUGCAGCGGCCCGUCUGGAGCGGCCGCUGAGAGGAGGCCAGCUGCAGCGGGGGAGGCGCAGCCGGGACUGCGCGCUCCGCGGAGCCGGCGGGGACCGGGAACAGGUGAUCCCAGCAGGAACCCGGAGCCCCACCGAGUUGGCGGGGCGGGAGCUCGCACUCCCGGGCGCAGCUGCAGCCGCCCCGCCGCGGCUGGUCGCGGACGGUGCCGGGCACCGGACCAGGGCUCGGGCAUCCCUCUGCUCCUGGGGACCCGGGAAGCCCCUACCCCUGCAGGCUCCGAAGUGUCUGCUCCCGCUCGCCGGCGCCCGCUCCGCGGCGGAGCAAAGUUGUGGACGCGUCCCCUUAGCCGAGCCCCGGCACUGCCGCGACCCGGCUGGGCCGGCGCGCUCUCUGAGCGCCACUGACACUCCAGCCCCGCUGCCGCUUCGCCCCCAGAAGGUGGCCCCUUCUGGAAACUGCUUCUGAGGCUAAAACUUUGGGCCGAGGGGUUGAGGGCGGCUCGGCGCGGGGACGAGGCCUGCGGGCUCCCCUCCGCGCCAACAGCGUGGGCGCCGUGGACGGCAUGUGACGGCCCCGGCGGCGGCCGCAGCGCGGGAAGGCGCGGGCCCCGGGAGCUCCGGCCGCUGCGAGGAGGGGCUGAGCGGCGGCCGGAGAAAGGGCUGCGGCAGGCGGCCGACCCUUGCGGGCCCGGGCCCCGCCGCCUCGCUCGCCCGGGCCCCGCCGAGGUCGCUGCGCCCCCACCCCGGCGCGGGAGGACGCGCCCCAAACUCCCUGAACUUCAGGAGCCGUCCCCGAGAGGCGAAGCUCUCAGGGACACCCACCCCGAGAGACGCUCCUCGACGACCUACUCUCCCCGAGCCCCCAGCUGACAAGUGCCUGGACUCCAAGGGCCUCAGGGGCCUGGCUGGAGCUGACUGUCCCUAGCCCUGUGCCCGGCCACGAUGCUCAUGAGGAAAGUGCCCGGCUUCGUCCCGGCCUCCUCGUGGGGGCUGCGGCUGCCGCAGAAGUUCCUCUUCCUUCUCUUCCUCUCCGGCCUCAUCACCCUGUGCUUCGGGGCCCUCUUCCUGCUGCCCAACUCUUCUCGCCUCAAGCGCCUCUUCCUGGCCCCCCGGACCCAGCAGCCCGGCAUGGAGGCAGUGGCCCAAGUCGCCGGCCACUCUCUGGCCCGCGAGCCGGAGUCACCUCCCAACCCGGCCCCCGCGGCUCCAGCACCAGGCAAGGACGAUCCCAGCAGCCAAGCCAGUCCCCGCAGUCGGAAAGGAUGGCCAAGGCGCACCCGCCUCGUUGAGUUACGGGAGGAGGUUGCCGCGGCCCCCCUCAGACCCCAGGAGGGGAGCAUCCAGUCUAGCUUUGACUUCAACGCCUUCAGGAGCCGCCUCCGCCACCCGGUCCUGGGGACUGGGGCCAACAAGAGUAAGGAGCCCCAGAGCCUAGUUCAAACCCAACGGGAGAAAAUCAAGGAGAUGAUGCAGUUCGCCUGGCAGAGCUACAAGCGGUACGCGAUGGGGAAAAACGAGCUCCGGCCCCUCACCAAAGACGGCUACGAGGGCAGCAUGUUCGGAGGCCUCAGCGGGGCCACAGUCAUUGACUCCCUCGACACCCUCUACCUCAUGGAGCUGAAGGAGGAGUUCCAGGAGGCCAAGGCCUGGGUAGAAGAAAGCUUCCACCUGAAUGUGAGUGGAGAAGCGUCCUUGUUCGAAGUGAACAUCCGGUACAUCGGAGGACUCCUGUCAGCUUUCUACCUGACGGGGGAGGAGGUGUUCCGAAUAAAAGCCAUCAAGCUGGGAGAGAAACUCCUGCCAGCCUUCGACACCCCCACAGGCAUCCCAAAAGGCGUGGUGAACUUCAAAAGCAACCGUGGUUCCAACCAGAGCUGGGGCUGGGCCAUGGCAGGGAGCAGCAGCAUCCUGGCGGAAUUUGGAUCCCUGCACUUGGAGUUCCUACACCUCACCGAGCUCUCUGGCAACCAGGUCUUCGCAGAAAAGGUCAGGAACAUCCGAAAGGUCCUUAAGGAUCUUGACAAGCCCUUCGGCCUCUACCCCAACUUCCUCAGCCCUGUCAGCGGGAACUGGAUGCAACACCAUGUCUCGGUUGGAGGACUCGGGGACAGUUUUUAUGAAUAUUUGAUCAAAUCCUGGCUGAUGUCGGCCAAGACUGAUAUGGAGGCUAAAGACAUGUACUACGAAGCCUUGGAGGCAAUAGAGACCCACUUGCUGAAUGUCUCUCCCGGGGGGCUGACCUACAUUGCUGAGUGGCGAGGGGGGAUUCUGGACCACAAGAUGGGGCACCUGGCCUGUUUCUCGGGGGGCAUGAUCGCCCUCGGCGCUGACGAUGCCAAGGAAGAAAAGAGGGCCCACUACCGAGAGCUCGCGGCCCAGAUCACCAAGACGUGCCACGAAUCGUACGCCCGCUCAGAUACCAAACUGGGGCCUGAGGCCUUCUGGUUUAACUCCGGCCUAGAGGCCAUGGCCACGCAGAUGAGCGAGAGCUACUACAUCCUGCGGCCGGAGGUGGUGGAGAGCUACAUGUACCUGUGGCGACAGACCCACAACCCCAUCUAUAGGGAGUGGGGCUGGGAUGUGGUCAUGGCCUUGGAGAAAUACUGCCGGACAGAAGCCGGCUUCUCCGGGAUCCAAGACGUGUACAGCACAGUUCCGAGCCACGACAACAAGCAGCAGACUUUCUUUCUAGCGGAGACACUAAAGUAUCUCUAUCUUCUGUUCUCUGAAGAUGACGUGCUCUCCCUGGAAGACUGGGUGUUCAACACGGAGGCCCACCCACUCCCCGUGAACCACUCGCACAGCUCAGCCAGGGGCGGGGGCUGACGCGGCCCCGGCUCCCGCGGCUCCUGCUCCCAGGCCGCCUCUUCAGGAUUUGGGGCUGUUCUCAAAUGGAUUGGGGAUGGGGGCCCCUGCCUGGACCCGGCAGAUGUGUUGGACAAGCCACUUCUUUUCCUCUGUGAGGAGACAGGACUUGGAGACGCGACCGUGUCAGCCCAGGCCCAGACAUUCCUCUCCACGGAGAAUUUCUCUGAAACCCGCUCACUUGCCAUUCCAGGGCCAAAGCACCAGAGGUUUGCCCUGCAACCUCCUGUAUUUGAUCCACUUCUUUUUGUUUAGGAUUUUUUUUUUUCAGUUUUGCUUGAUUUUUGCCUUUUCUCGCCCGUUGUGUUUUAUCGCAGAUUACAAAUGCAGCUUUCAACAUCAUGUGCUUUCAAAAAGGGUGUCAUCUCGAUAAACUGAACCUUAAAGUGUUUGCACACACACGAAUCUUGACCCCAUUUUCUAUAUUUUGAAUUCCUUUUGCCCAAUAUUUACUAUACUUCAAUUAUGUGUAAUUUACCUUAUAAUUUGAAGAGAGGGUUCCCCUUUGAUUUGGGCCUAAGUGUUACGAAUCACUAGUGCCAUUUUCAUUAUUGUAAUGGAAAAAUCUGUAAACUUACAAUAAAAGAGUUUAUUGAAUAAGAAA